AUGAGUGGAUAUAAAGUCCCAAAAUGGGACGAACCUGUCACAGUAAUAAAAAAAGAACCGGAGAAAAAAGUUGUUGAAAAAGUUGUGAAAAAAGAAAUAAAAAAUGAAAAUGUAGAAGAGAGAAUUUGGGAUGGAGAAUGGAUGUUGACACCCUGUCAUAUGUAUGAAGAAGAAUAUAGAGAUUGUAAAUCAGUAAGAGGUAGAUUUUAUCAAUAUUUUGUUCAUGGCGAGCAAUUAGAUUGCACUCAGUGGAAGACAGAUUAUCAUAAUUGCCAAAGGUGGAAAAAAAAGCAAGACGAAGUUGCUUACAAUGAUUUAUUGGAAAGCGUAAAGAAACGAAGAUUAGAACGUUUGAAAAGUCAUGUAGCCAACGACACGUGGACGAAACGUACAAAGCCACCAGAAGAUUGGGCUGAACCGUUACCUGAAUGGAUGGUCAAAAAAAACGAAGGCACGUUUCUUGCUGCGAAGCAAAAAAGUAUCAAUGCACAAGGUCAUGAUCAUGGAUAUGAUCAAUAUGUGCCAUCGUGUACAAUACUGUAGUUAAAUAAUAAUGUUAUUAUGUAGACUUAACAAUUAUUUUCUAAUCAAUACAAAUUGUUUUAAUUAAA